AUGUCUUCAUCAAUAAAACCGGCUUGGUGUUCGAAAUUGCCACGUUCACAAUAUUCUUUACUUGAUCGUGUUUCAAUUCCAUCUCAACAAUGGUUUCAAGUUUAUCGUGUUCGUCCAAAUGUAUUCGCUAUUUAUGAACCAUAUCAUUGGGAGGAGACAAUUUCAUAUCUUCUUAUUGGUUCUAAACAUUCAUUAUUAAUUGAUACUGGUAUGGGUAUUGGAAAUAUUCAACAAGUUAUUGAGUCUCUUAUUCCUUCAAUAGCCUCACUUAAAGUGAUUAAUACACAUACUCAUCAUGAUCAUAUUGGUGAUAAUUGGCGUUUUUCAGGAAAACUUUUAGGUGUUCAUUCAGACUUUGCUGAACAUAAUUCAAAAGGUACAAUUGAAGACGCACAAAAUGAAUUAAAACCGGGCAUGAUCUGGGAAAAAUAUUUACCUGAAGAUUUUAAUCCUAAAAAUUAUCGUAUUCGUCCCUUUCAAAUUAAUAAUUAUGUAAAAGAAAAUGAUCGAAUUGAUCUUGGUCAAGGACAAGAAUUACAAGUAAUUUCAACUCCUGGCCAUUCACCAGAUUCAAUAUCACUUCUUUAUGAAAAAGAACGUUUAUUAUUUGCUGGUGAUAUUUUCUAUCAAGGUCCAAUUCUUCUUUAUCGAUCAGAAACUAAUCUUCAAGAUUAUUUAAUAUCAUUAGAAAAAUUAGCUAAAAUUAGUUCAAAAUUUGAUUUAAUAUUACCUGGUCAUAAUAUACCUAAUGUUGAAUCGAAAUUGAUAAUUAAAGCAGCUAAAUCAAUGCAAGAAAUUAUGAAUAGAAAAUUAAUUCCAAAAAAGACAGAUGAUGGAAAAUAUGAUGAAUAUUCUUUUGGAGAGUUUUCAUUUGUUAUCGAUCAAUCUUUUUUAUCGUAA